AUGCCAUCAGCCGUUGCGUUAAUUGCACUAAUUGCACCCGUUCUCUGGGGCUGUCUGGCGCUGACUCCCCUGGUCCAUGCUCACAGUGAGACGCUUGUACAUCCUACACGCUAUCGGACCAAUGCCGGUUUCCGGAAUUAUACCAGUGACACGCAGUCUCCCUGCUUUACCCUCGACCCGCAAACCCCUUUGGUUACCUUAGAUUACGGCACUGAGGCUGCAGGCUUUCCCUACUUUGAGGUUGAAUCGCUUUCAACCCCUGUCCAGAUCGAAGCAAAGUAUAGCGAGCCUUAUACCGGGCUAGAUGAGCCAUUUGCAGACGGCCCCUUUGACUUUGCCAAUGGUCUCUCCAACACCUUCCGCGUCGAGACCUUCAACGUCACUUCGACCGGGCGCGUCGAGUCGUUCUUCAUCCAGGGGGGUCAGCGUUGGCACACCCUGAAACUGCUGACCGACGGCAGCAUUCGCAUCUGCGAUGUUGGGUUGAGGUCUGAAAAUGAUCGGACGCCCGUCGACCGCUUGCCAGGCUUCUUCGAAUCGUCGAACAGUCUAUACAACGAGAUCUGGGCCCUGGGGGCGCGGACGGUGCAGCAAGCAUGCAUCGCAGCGGGCGCCGCACCUUCAACAUGGGAAGUCACCGAAGACGGAGUGUAUCUGCGAGGCCAGCAGCCUGCCCAGUCGGUCAAGGGGGCAUCGUUCGACAACUACACCCUGACAUUCGAUACGAAGAUCGUGCGCGGCGGGAGUGGGUGGAAAGUGGCCGCCGGGGUAGGCGGGUACGGCGCCUACUUCGUCCUCACCAGCGAAUAUCCUUCGGACUCAACCUUCGUCAACGUCAACCGAACGGUCGUGCCGCCCAACACUCUGGCGGUGGGCUAUGGAUGGAACCUGGUCAAUCAGACCUCCCUCACUUCAGGAAAGGUCAACCACUACCCGCUGCCAUUUGACGUCAAAGAAGACCAAUGGUACCACAUCGCAACCCGUAUUGAUGCCACAGGAUACGGGGUGACAGUCAAUGAGACUGAAGUCUUUGUGCCCUUGGCCGAUCUCCAGACUCCGGCUGGCACAAUCGGAGGGUCAGGCAGUCUGACGGGUGGCACUUGGGGAUUCGGCCCAUACCAGGACCAGGUGGCAUUGGUCAAGGACGUGGAAGUGCACGCUCAGAACGGAACCGUGCUCUACCAGAAUCCGAUGACCUCGGAUGCAGUUCUGGAAGAAUAUGGCGUUCUGCCGAACACCCACUCGGUCUGCCUGGAUGGUGCGAAACGCGACCGACUCGUGUGGUCGGGCGACUUCUUCCACACCUACCGCAUCGUCCAAGCCAGCACCUAUCGCAGUGACUUCAUCUCGGGGACUUUGGAGUACCUCAUGGACCGUCAAGCAGACAACUCGUCGGUGUACGAGGGGCUCUUCAGCAUGUCGCCGCAGAUGGGUCAGUCCGCCGAGUACACUGACAUUUACAGCUCCUUUGGUCUGCUCGACUACCAGUUCUUCACAUUAGAGGCUGUGGCUGGGUACUACAAGAAUUCCGGCGACCGUGCUUUUCUCCAGAAGUAUUGGACGAAGAUUGAGACAGGAGUUGAGGCCGUUCUGCGGCUCAUCGACGAGCAGACUGGCCUGGCGGUCACUGACAACAUUGGGGCGUUCUUCCUGGGGUCGAGCAAUGGUACUGCGGCAUCGGCCCUGCUCGCUCACACUCUGAGCGAAAUGGCUGACCUCGCGACUGCCGUGAAUGCAACCGAGUCGGCUAGCUCGUGGAGCCAGUCUGCUCAAACCAUUAAACAAGCUGUAAAUCAGCAUCUCUGGAGCCCAUCACUGGGAGCCUACGGCGUAGACAUCGGCACUCUGGGCGAACAGGCCAUUGCAGGCAGCGCAUGGGCGAUUCUGUCCGGCAUCGCCAACGCGACCCAAACCCAGUCUUCGAUUGCGGCGCUUUCAUCGCUGCGCCUAGGGAUCGGGUACAAGAGUUCGACCUCGGUCGCAAACUCCUCGAGCACCAACCUUGCACCGUUCCUGUCGGGCUUCCUGCUCGAGGCGCUGUUCCAAGCAAGUCGCGACAGCACCAAUGCAUCGACGGAGCGAAGGACUGCUAUCAGUGUGCUGCUGGACCAACUGUGGGCCGCCAUGGUCACCCAGGAUGAGUACUAUACAGGGACCUCGUGGGAAUAUCUGUAUCCUGAUGGUCGGCCCGGUCUGGACUUGUAUACCUCCCAUGCGCAUCCCUGGGGCGGCGCUCCGACCUAUGUCCUGUCGGAGUAUGUUCUGGGCGUUCAGUCCACAUCCCCUGGGUUUGACACGUGGGUGUUUCAGCCGGCAAUCCUGGAUGUGAAUGUCUCGUGGGCCCGAGGUCGCGUACCCACCCCUCGAGGAACGAUCCAGGCCAGCUGGCGGCUGAGUGGUGCCGACAAGAAGAGCCUGCAGCUGGAGGUUUGUGGGCCGAAGAAGACGAGGGGCGUCGUUAUCUUGCCCUUUGCGGUCAAAUCGUACACCGUCGAUGGGAAGAUGAAGAGCAACGGCAAAGAGAGACUGGAAGUCGCGGUCGCUGGUGGAUCGUGUGCUGAGAUUCGCGCAUCACUCCCAUAG